AUGGAAGUGGAUGCAGGUGAAUCUGAGAGCGAGUGUACUUAUAACGAUGGAUUUGAGAGAAAUGAGCCGGGAGGGAGUGUUCGAUUACUGAGCAGAGGAGGAAUGGUUAGAAGUGGAACGCCAUCUGGAAUACCUCGAGGUAAGAAACCUGCUACUUUGUUAAUUCUGUGAUC